UUAUGUGCAGAGUGCCCUUAAGAUUUUCAAGGCAGCGGAGGAAAGCAGAUUGGACCGAGAUGAAGAAAAAGCUUACAUCCUGUAUAUGAAAUAUGUGGCUGUUUAUAACCUCGUUAAAAAGAGACCCGAUUUUAAGCAGCAACAGGAUUAUUUUCAUUCCAUUCUUGGACCUACAAAUUUAAAAAAAGCUGUUGAAGAAGCUGAAAGACUGUCAGACAGCCUUAAACUCAGAUAUGAGGAAGCGGAAGUUCGGAAAAAACUUGAAGAGAGGGACAGACAAGAGCUGCAGAGAAAGCAAGAACCAAAAGAUGAUGGGAAGAGUUCACUCAAAAACUCCUCAGAAAGUGCUGUGGACUCCAAAGGAAAAAGCCAAAGGAUUAAUGGUGAGAGCAAGCAUUCACUGGAAAGAACGGAUCAGGCUGACAGACUGAGUGGAGCAAUCACACCUGAGAAACUCUUUGCAAUGAUGUCGGACAAAAAUACUGAAUUGAUUAUAAUGGAUGCUCGAAGACUGAAGGAUUACCAGGAAUCCUGUAUUCCAAGAUCUAUCAGUGUCCCAGAAGAAGCUAUCAGUCCUGGAGUUACUACUAAUUGGAUUGAAGCUAGACUGCCAGAGGAUUCCAGAGAUCCAUGGAAGAGGAGGGGACACUUCGAUUACGUUAUACUGCUGGACUGGUUUAGUUCCGCUGAAGACUUAAAGCUAGGAAUGAUUCUUCAGAGCCUGAAAGACGCGCUUUUUAAGUGGGAAAGCAAAACCAUACUGCAGAAUGAACCUUUAAUUCUGGAAGGAGGUUAUGAGAACUGGCUCCUUUGUUUUCCCCAGUAUACAACAAACGCUAAAGUAACUCCACCCCAGCACAGCAGGAGCGAAGCAGUGACUGUUUCUUUGAAUUUUACAUAUCCCUCUCUGGAAGAGGAGCCAGCUCCUGUUCCACCCGUUGCUGCUAUAAAGCCGUCUCCAACAGAACUGGGUGAAACUGAAGAAACGGGAGAUAAUUUGGAAGAGAGACUAAAAUCACUUAACAGACCAAAUGUACAGGAUGCUGCUGUUCCAAAGGCUGACAGUUCAUUGGGAGUUAAUCCAGUAUCAAUUACAAGAAGUAUCCCUGAGGUUGAUCGUACGAAAAAGCCCUCACUAAAAAUCCCUGAUGCUAACAGACCAAAAUCUCAGAGUGCCGUCAGUGACAGCCAGCCGGUCGAGAAUGGACGGAUGAUUCCAGACCGAUCCACGAAGCCGCUACACGAUGCAAAGAGCCUUCUGACAGAUGAAGAGAAAAGUCGUGUACAUGCAGAAACCGCUGCUCUGUUAGAGAAAAACAGGCGGGAAAAAGAACUUCGGGAGAAGCAGCAGGAAGAACAGAAAGAGAGGCUCAGGCGGGAAAAAGAAGAACAAGAACAAAAAGCAAAAGAAGAAAAGGAACAGAAAGAAAAGCUACAGCAAUCCAAAGAGGACAGAGAACAGAAGGAGAGGGAUGAGCAAAUAAAAAGAGAACAGGAGGAAAAGGAACAAGAAAGAGCACGCAAAGAAGCAGCAGAAGCCAAGAAGCAAAGUAAAAAUGAACUGGAAAGCAUCGGUGCAAAAAGGAUUGAGCUGGACAAAAUACCUGCGGAAGACAAAGGAAGUCGAACGCCGGAAGCUCAGAGACGGGCAGUGGGUGACGCGUCGCCGACCUUUGCUUCAGGCAAGCAAACUGGGGUUAAAGGACAACCAGACAGUGGAGCUCAAAAGCCAGGACCCCUUAGAGAGGAUUCUGAACAAGAUACUGAAAGACUUAAAUCUCAGCGGGAGCCGUUAAUGAGAGUGCGAAGUGAAGAAAUGGGAAGGAUAAUACCAGGACUGCCUGCCGGCUGGGCAAAGUUUCUGGAUCCAGUGACUGGAACCUUUCGUUACUAUCACUUGCCAACAAAUACUGUUCAUAUGUACCCGCCGGAAAUGGCUCCUUCAUCCACUCCUCCCGCGACCCCUCCAACUCGUAAACCCAAGCCACAGGUGACUGUUGAACGAGAGAGAGAACACUCCAAACUGAAGCGCUCCUACUCGUCCCCGGAU